AUGUCCGCAAACUUCGGACGUCGGCUUUAUGCCGAGAUCUGGGAUUUCGCACAUCCUUUCCUUGGCCGCAUACGACAACAUCGCACAUCCCGCCUCGAUUGCUUUUCCCGAAACACGUUCGAUUCAGCUAUAUCCAGCCGGAGACGUCUAUCAUCAGGCACAUUCAAAUCAAAUCAACUAACACGACGCUUCGCUUCUGGUGGCCUUCUUGUCUUUGCCUCUCAGAGCUCAACAGCGGCAGAAACCGGUGCUGCUUGCAUUAUCUCCAAUAAAAAACUCACGGCUCAAUACAUCUGGAAGCGAGCGUUGCACUCGUCGAACGAUGCUCAACACGAUGUCACCCCCUCUAGCCGCCCCCAACCAUCACAGAGUGACGAACAUGUGCAGCCGACCUCGACUGCGAAGCCUAACGGCGCAUGUACUCAGACACCAUCCACGAAAAUUUCAGACCCUUCCCAACAGUCAUCGUCUUACUUCACCCCUCCCCAUCGCCACCACUUGAUGGAUCGUUUGCCUCACAUGCCGCAUUUACACCGGCCGACAAAGGAAGAGCUUCUUUCAGCGGCUACUGGUUUCUGGUCCCGCCUCAAAGUUCGGUUCAAGUGGUUUUCCAUUCGAAGCGUGCGACCAUUUAACUUGGAUGAAAUCGCAGCUCUGUUUUCGUGGGUGUUUCUAGGCCACGUUGUCUGGGUUGUUGUGGGAACUACAACCUUCUUCUCGCUUUUGAUCCUCGCCAUCAACACAGUCUUCGCCCAAGAAACGCUGGCUGGAUGGGUUGGCAAUUACCUGACCAAAUCAUCUGGGGUCAAGGUAGUCUUCGAAUCCGCCAUCGUCCCGAAAUGGAGAGGCGGCGUAAUCACUUUCAAAAAUGUCUUUGUCUCACGGCGACCCGGUCAGGGAACGGGUCAUGUUAGCAAAGGCUCACCCACGACUGCGGCGGCCGCCGCGGCCGCCGCGGCUCGAGGUGAACAAGCAACAGAGGCUUCCAUGGCCGAGGAGGAAGAUACCAACUACACUCAAUUUGACCUUUCUAUCGAGACCGUCAACGUGACCUUGUCUUUUGCUAAAUGGCUCAAUGGUAAGGGCCCGCUCAGAGAUGUUGAAGUUCGAGGAAUCCGCGGUGUCGUCGACCGCCGUCAUGUUCAUUGGCCGGCCGAAGAUCUCGACCCGAAGUCUUAUCGUCAUGAGCACAACCCUGGUGACUUCGAGAUUGACUCGUUCAAAAUGCAUGAUGUCCUGGUCUCCAUCUACCAGCCGGACAAUUUCCGACCCUUUUCGGUCAGCAUAUUCUCAUGCGAUCUUCCUCAGUUGAGAAAGCAAUGGCUUUUCUACGAUUUCUUGUCCGCGAACAUGAUGUCGGGAUCAUUUGACAACUCGCUCUUCACCAUUCAUCCGCGCCAAAGUCAUGGCUUCGUUGGCGCUCGAUGGGAUGAGGGGGGAGAUGGAGAUGGCAAGCCUAGUCCAUGGAAAAAACAUAAUCGGAUUCGAGUGGAUGGUCUAAAUAUAGAUCAUCUCAAUCGUGGCGUUCAGGGUCCCUUCUCAUGGAUCCAUGAAGGUACCGUCGAUAUCGUUGCGGACAUUAUGCUCCCCGCGGAGAACGACGAGAGCAUCGCGAAAGUGAUGGCAGACUUCUAUGAUCGUUUGGAGGCUACCGUUACGACGAACAAGUACUCCGAGUCGAUGCCUGUUGAGUCUAGUGGCGAUCCUUCCUCCUUAUCUGAAGCCAACAAGCGCUUCAUUGCUAUGGAUUUGCGCGUUCAUCUCAACAACGUUCGGGCUGCCGUCCCGAUCUUCACCCGCGAUCUUUCUUACAUCAACAACGCGCUCAUUCGACCGAUCGUCGCAUAUAUCAACUCCAAGCGCACUUUCAUUCCCAUCAAUUGCCGUCUGGUCAAGCGCGCCAGCGACUUUGACGGAAGCUGGACGAUAUUUGACAGUGGUCUCAUGGAUGAUCUGUCCGCUGCGACCUACGACGCAUUCUCGCGCGACAUUGUUGAUGACGAAGCGCGCAAGCGACGUUUCAAGAAAGUAGGGUUCUGGUCCCUCCAAUUGGCCGCCCAGGCCAUCUUUAUGGGCAUGGCCGGUAACAUUGCAUAA